AUGGCCUCAAGUCAACAGAAUAAAAACAAAAGGCCAAAUGCCGAAGCUAUAGCUGAUGAUGAACGUCAAUAUGCGCAUAGCUCCAUCAGCAAAGAAGAACUCAGCGACAAAUAUCCCAAUCGCCCUCAUAACCAUGGAAAAACAUUACCAUUCCAUGAAUUAUUCAAAUAUCUCUUCAACCCCCUCGAAGCCCACAAGAAAGAAAAGCCCGGUCCAGCCACUGCCCGCAAGAAGCUAGGACCCCAUGGACCCAACAAGCUCUCUCCUCACGAAGAGCGAAGAAAUGCCAUUUUACGAUUUAUGUCGCGAUGGCGCAGUGAAGUUGGCGAUGAUUUCUUUCCGGCGCUGCGACUUAUCAUCCCUGAAAAAGAUCGCGAUCGAGCUAUGUAUGGAUUGAAAGAGGCUUCUGUCGGCAGACUGAUUAUCAAGCUCUUGAACCUGUCUAAGGAUUCGGAUGACGGAUAUAAUCUUCUCAAUUGGAAACUUCCGGCUCGGGGUCCUCCGAGUGCUAAUUCGGGGGAUUUUCCCGGUAGGUGUUAUGAGGUUUUGUCGAAACGACCCAUGAGACAGAAGGUUGGUGAUAUGAGUAUUGGGGAGGUUAAUGAAAUGCUUGAUAAACUUGCUUUGGCUCAGAAAGAAGAAAAUCAAUUGCCUAUCUUUCGAGAAUUUUAUCAGAGGAUGAAUGCGGAAGAGUUGGCAUGGUUGAUUCGAAUGAUUCUUCGGCAAAUGAAAAUUGGUGCUUCGGAAAAGAUGUUUCUAAAUCUCUGGCAUCCAGAUGGAGAGGCACUCUUCAAUGUCUCCUCCAGUCUCCGUCGAGUCUGCUGGGAACUUACUGAUCCCAAUGUCACCCUAGAAGCUGAUGAGACAGGCGUGGAGUUAAUGUCGUGUUUCCAACCCCAACUCGCACAGUUUAUGCCAAAUUCAUUCCAGAAAAUGGUUGACAAAAUGUGUCCCCAGGGUCCUCGAGAUUCCCAGGAUAAAGAUAAGGUUCCGGAAUUUUGGAUCGAGGAGAAAUUAGAUGGCGAAAGAAUCCAAAUGCAUAUGGAGGAGAAUGAUGAUAUUCCAGGGGGUCGCCGCUUCGCAUGGUGGUCUCGAAGGGGCAAGGACUAUACAUACCUCUAUGGGAAUAGUUUUGAGGACGACAAUUCAGCGCUGACAAGACAUAUGAAGAAGGCCUUUGAUUCAAGAGUGAGUAGUAUUAUAUUGGAUGGCGAGAUGAUCACAUGGGAUCCUAUCACGAAUAAGGUCGUGGCUUUUGGUACGCUAAAAACAGCCGCUCUAUCGGAAAAGAAAGAUCCAUUUUCUGGUACUGCCGCUCGGCCGGUAUUCAAAGUCUUCGACUGCUUGUAUUUGAAUGGUAGUAAUAUCACAAAAUACACUUUGAGGGACAGGCGCAACGUAUUGGAGCAAUCACUCCAUAACGUCGAGGGACGCAUCGAAAAGCAUGACUAUAAACCCGCCAAAUCAGCUUCUGAAAUCAAUCCUGCCCUGCGGAAAAUUGUUGCCGAAGGGUCUGAGGGGUUGGUGUUGAAGAAUCCAGGGUCAAUGUAUAGACUGAAUAGUCGAAACGAUGACUGGAUGAAGGUCAAACCAGAAUACAUGUCCGGAUUUGGAGAGUCUCUAGAUUGUCUAAUCAUUGGUGGAUAUUAUGGAUCAGGUCAUCGAGGAGGAAACUUAUCAUCAUUCCUAUGCGGUUUACGCGUGAAUGACAAACAAAUCAAAGCUGGUAUGACAACCCCCCUAUCAAACAACAAACACAAAACUUACCGCAAGAUAGGAGCAAACCCCAUGAAAUGUUUUUCAUUCUUCAAAGUAGGCGGUGGUUUCAAUGCAGAUGACUAUGCUGCCAUCCGACACCAAACCGAGGGUAAAUGGAUAAAAUGGGACGCCAAAUCCCCUCCAACUGAAUUUAUCGAACUAGCAGGCUCGCAUCAAGAAAAAGAACGACCAGAUGUCUGGAUCAAGCCCGACGAUUCCAUCGUUGUAGAAGUCAAAGCUGCAUCCGUAGGCGUAUCCGAUUCAUUCCGCACCAAUUUCACACUUCGGUUCCCGCGCUUCAAACGUUUGCGUCCGGAUAAAGAUUGGAAGUCUGCGCUUUCUAUUGAAGAAUUCAUGAAAUUCAAGGCGAAAGUUGAGGAGGGGAAGGACGAUGAAUUUACAGUUGAUAAGAAGAAGAGGAAUGCGAAGAGAGUCAAGAGAGAUAAGAUUAUCGCGGGCACGGAAGCCGAUUCGAAGGCUGUGUAUGCGGGACCCAACACGGGGGUUUUUGAGGGAUUGAAAUUUUGUGUCAUGAGCGAGAUGCUGCAUCCGGUUAAGAAGACCAAGGUGGAAGUCGAAACGAUUAUUAAGAAUAAUGGGGGUCAGAUCUAUCAAUCUCCCACCGCGAAAGAAGAUAUGAUCGUCAUUGCCGAAAAACGAGUAGUCAAAGUGGCCUCGUUGAUCAAAGGCGGGAAAACCAAUAUCGUGAAACCGAAAUGGGUAUUGGAUGCGGUGGCGCAAAUGGAAUCAGAUGGUUUAUUGGAGAUGUCGAGAUAUAUUGUUCCGUUUGAGACGGGACAUAUGUUUUAUACGAAGGAAGAGGAUAAGGAGGGCAUUGAGGAACACACGGAUGAGUGGGGAGAUAGCUAUGCGAGGGAUACCAACCCGGAGGAGUUGAGGGGGGUGUUAGAGGCGAUGGAUAGGAUUGAGGAUAGUACAUUCUCGGCAGAGGAUUUCUUGAAGGAAUUGGAGGAUAAUGGGAAGGGAUUGGGGAAUAUGAAGGGGAGUAUGUUUAGGGGUAUUCAAAUGGCGAUGAAUCGGUACGAAUUCGCGUGUGGAGUGGUUUUGCCAGAGGAUAAUAUCGGGAAGAACAGCGGGAAGAACAGCGGGAAGAAGGAGGGUGUCACGCAUAUAAUCUUCGCAGAUAAUAUGGAAAAAAAGAUGAAGGAGAUCAAAAAGAAAGUUGGGGCAGAUUCGCCGCAUUUGGUGGGUUGGAGAUGGAUCCGAGAUUCUUGGGAUGCAGAAAUUAGGUUGGAUGAAUUGGGGUUUUUGGUGGGUGGGUGA